UCCUGCUGUUCAGAUCUCUCCACGACAACCUGCGUGCACGUGACGUAGGGAGGAAGGGGGAUUUCCUACUUUAAGCGGGAUUAGUACGAGCCAAACAUUAUACUCCCCUUUAGGCUCAGUGCAACCUAUCUUACUGCUUGCGAGAAAGAAAACAUGAGGGCUUUAGACUAAUCAGGACAUCAGGCUCGCUCGAGGGUCAACUAGCGAACGCUUCGGAGCGAGCAAUGAGCGACAACGUCGAUUUAACCAAUGCAUUCGCCAGAUACUACACUCGCCUUUAGAACUAUAAAAGAUUAACUGUAGCAUUUUUUUCACGAUUCGCCGUGUAUUCUAGUCUCCGAAUGAACAGCUAUGGGGGAAUGGACAAUUCUCGAGCGUCUCCUGGAGGCAGCUGUCCAGCAGCACUCUACUAUGAUCGGCAGGAUCCUACUGACAGUAGUUGUGAUCUUCCGGAUCCUAAUCGUGGCGAUAGUAGGCGAGACGGUGUACGACGACGAGCAGUCCAUGUUUGUGUGUAAUACAUUACAGCCGGGCUGUAACCAAGCAUGUUAUGACAAAGCGUUCCCUAUAUCUCACAUAAGAUACUGGGUGUUCCAGAUUAUCAUGGUGUGUACCCCGAGUCUCUGCUUCAUCACAUACUCGGUGCAUCAGUCCGCCAAACAGAAGGAGCGGAGAUACUCUACAGUCUACCUAUCCUUAGAUAGAGAUCCCGAUUCAAUGAAACGAGACGAUAGCAAAAAGAUCAAAAACACCAUCGUGAACGGAGUACUUCAGAACACGGAAAACUCCACCAAAGAAUCCGAGCCAGACUGUUUGGAAGUGAAAGAGAUCCCAAAUUCCACUAUGAGAACUACAAAAUCUAAAAUGAGAAGACAAGAGGGCAUCUCAAGGUUUUACAUAAUUCAGGUGGUUUUCAGGAAUGCUCUGGAGAUUGGCUUCUUGGUUGGUCAGUAUUUCUUGUACGGAUUCAACGUGCCAUCGGUGUAUGAGUGCGAUCGAUACCCUUGCAUUAAAGACGUCGAAUGCUACGUUUCCAGACCCACAGAGAAAACUGUGUUCCUUGUCUUCAUGUUUGCAGUCAGUGGACUGUGUGUGGUGCUUAACCUAGCGGAACUCAACCACCUGGGCUGGAGGAAAAUUAAAACGGCGGUAAGGGGAGUGCAGGCCAGAAGAAAGUCCAUAUAUGAGAUUAGAAAUAAAGACUUGCCAAGGAUGAGUAUGCCGAACUUCGGUCGGACCCAGUCAAGUGACUCUGCCUAUGUCUAAAACUCCCUUUAGUUUAUUAGAAUAUAUAGAAAAGUAAUAUUAUAAAUUGUUCAUUUCACCUGUUUAAUGGUGUGGUAGAUGGUAGAAACGUUUGUUUGUUUUCCACCAGGCUACUGAAGGGAACUUUAUGCAACUUUAUUUAUAUUUUGGUUCGAGACUUUUGCAAUUUAUUUUUAUUUUGCACUAAAUGCUGAUUUAAAGAAAACAACCAUUCAAACCCAUGUUGUAGAGGUGUUUUUAUUUCGUUUCAUUUUUUAAAGGUUAGUCACGUUUUAUUUUCAUUCUCAACACUUCCUCUGGUUUUAGCUCAUGUGAAAG